GGAUCCCUCCCUCCUGCCUAACACCUCCUGCCACUUAGGUCCUUAUUCCGCGGUGGUGAUCUAUUCCAGUCCUUUAACUCAGGGCUACCUGCAUUGUUCCAAAUUAGGGUUCUCAUCUCGUCUCGCCUCCCUCGCACCUUCGCGUCCAGUAGGGGCACUCGACUCAUCACAUCUGCUUGACACGUGUCACCCGUCAGCCGCCGUUUCUCGCGCGUAGCUCGCGUCGUCUGCCCCGUCAGCUCGUUUAACUAUGUUCUGCUGCUUCUGUCGCUCGCGAACCGCGGACGAUGACGACGACUACGCCACGUCACUCCCCCCCGCUCCCUCGGGCCGCAAGCACGCCGCGCCCUCUGCCAGCGGCGCAUCCGCAGGCGUGCACGAGUUCGCGAGCCAGAUGGCGGCCGCCGACGACCGCGUCGCGAUGUCUUCCGUCGCCGUGCUUCACGCCGCGCAGAUCCGCAGCAUCCGCUCCGAGAAUGCCGGCGACGCGAGGCCCGUCGGCACGCCGCCGAGUCGCGGCGGCAGUCGCGGAGCGACCCCGACCCCGCGAGAUUCGCAGCGGUCGCCAGGAAUCGCAGGCGACUGGAGCCGGAGUUAUCAAGGUCAGUCCACCCCUGGCGCCGCGUCCGGGGUAGGGUUUGGGUCGAACGCUGCCGCUGUGGGGAGCGGAGUUAGUGGGAGCGGAACGGGCGGCGGCGCGGCCGUCCAUAGCAUGUCGGAGCCUCGAAUCGCGAGCCUCCCUGGAGCAACAGGGGACAAACUGCCUGUAUCGCCUUUAUCGGGUAUGGUUAUAUCAGGUCAGGCGCAGGGGAGCCAUCACCACGCGCAGUACGCGCACCAGGGGGCGGGCGGAGGGGCGGGCACGGGUGUAAGCGCGGGGGUUGGCGCAGGCGGAGGCGGAGGCGGAGGAGGGGGAGCGGGUGGCGCAGUUGUGAUGGCGGGCGGGCCGGGGACGCAGCGCCCGGUGCCACUGGCGGGGGGCAUGCCCUCAUCUGCGCCCGGGCGCGCGCGGAUACUCGCGUGGCUUCAGGAGUCGGACUUUACCUACGCCGUAGUUAACGAGGUGGAGAACCUUCCUAUGAAACUUCCCUCGUCGAGCGGUAAAGGAACAAGCAGCGGCACUGGCGAUAGCGAUUCUGUGACUGUAGGCGGAGGUGACAGUAGCGGGGGGACGAACAGCACGAGAGAAGGGAGCCACGACCCCGCUAGACCCUCACAUCCCAACCCUGACGAACCCGUUAUAGAGAAACUCGGCUCGUUCUUAUCAAGUUUAUUAAACGGAUUUUACGAUGACGCGAGCAGCCCGGCCCCUCCCCCGCAGCCCGGCAGCAGCAACCAGCCGUUCGACCCGUUCGCCAGUUCCAGUAACGCGGGGUCGUGGCGGCGGCAGGGGGCGGUUGUGACUCUACCCGGGACCAGGAAGGACCUGCCGCCCGCAGCGCCAACGUUCGGCUCGAGUGCAGCGGGGGGAGGAGGAGGAGGAGCAGGAGCAGCACGAGCAGCAGCAACAGACAGUGGAGGUUUAGGCGUCGGUCGUUCAGGUGCGGCUGCAGCUGCCCCUGCUGCUCCAGCUGCCGCACGAGAUGCCAAUGCUGCUGGUGCUGCUGCUGCUCCUCCGCCUAAUCCUGCGUCCCCUGCUGCUGGCAGUGCGUCUCGUAACCCCUCCGCUGUGCGCACGUGGAAGGAUAGUGCCGGUGCUACGUUGACCAACACUAAGUUUCACUCGCAGGCUCGGCCUACCGUGCCUACAGGCCUGGGAGCAGGCUCGGGAACCCUGCUAUCCCCUGCUGCUGCCGCCGCUGCAGCGGCAGCCACGGCGGCCGCAGCUGCGGCAACAAUGACAGGGGCAGGGGAGGGUCGAAGUCGAGGCGCCGCCGAGCCUUGCGCUCUUAGCCCUGCGCCCCCUGCAGCAGCAGCAGCAGCAGCAGCAGCAGCAGCAGACGGCGGGGAAGGGACUGUGGAUUCAGGCGCAAGGGAAGAAGCUUCAGCGCCAGGUGGAGAGGAACUAGCCGCAGAAGCAGACGUUGCAACUGGUGCUGUUGCAGCCACCUGUGCAGCAGACGCGGGCGGAGCAGGGGGGGCAGGUAGGGGAGCAGGUGGGGGAGGCGCGGCAGUGGGGCGGGGGAGAGAGCGGGAGAAGGAGGGUCUCCUAGUGCAGGCUCUAACCAACCUGGUGAGGCAGAACGGAGCAGAGGGGGAGGGGCGAUGCAGCAUGGAGCGGGAGAGGGGCAGUGGGGAGUGGGGGGCGCAGGUUUCAGGGGGGAAAGAGGCGCAUGCCGCAGGGGAGCAGGAGUCGCGUGGUGUGGGCGGGAGGGAGGCGCGAGGGGGGGGAGAGAGCGAACCGGUGAGCCGGUCAGUCACAGAGGCGUCAGCUGGGGACCUGUCAGCUAUUGCCAGCACGGGUGCAGGGCUUUUAGGGGGAGGUGGUACCGGUGCAGGUGGAGCUGCCGAAUCUGGUGUGGCAGCAGCAGGGGUACAGGGGUGGUGAGGAGCUGAAUGUGGUUGGGCAGCAGCAGCAACGCAAGGUUACACCCGCAGGGAAAUAUUUUGGUGUGGUGCGGUGCAUUUUGAGAUGCCCCAAAGCCCCACUGGCACCUGUGACCUGACUACUUGAAAGCCACCCAUGCACAUCCAUCCAUGUGAUGAUGAGUUGAGAUUGAGACCAAGUUUGAGGCGCCUCUAACGCAACGACCAUGCGUGCAUGCGCGCUGCGCCCACUCCACAUGGCACGGCGAUGCGACAAAUUCUGAGGUGCUUUGAAGUCAAUGCAAUGUGUGCCUGCGUGCUGCCUUACUAGCUGGCAAGUAUGUAUGGACCCCCCUGAUAGGUGGUAGUAUGAGGUUGAAUAGAGCAUACCAUAGUGGCCUACUGUGGGUGUUUUAUGAGUUCAUUAUUUGGUGCAGGUUUGGCUACUGUAGUUACAUUCACACUCACUCAAGUGAUGCGAGGUAGU